AUUAGAUUUUCUACAGCCAACACACCCAUGUUUGGAGAUCAACAAUUAUUUUCAAGUCCAAAAUAGUAAGCAGAAUUUAGAUUGACUUAAUGCGCUUUCUUGCCUCCAACUGCCUCUACACCGGGCUCUUAUAUACUGCUUCUCUGAAGCUAAGCCCUAGUGCUCAGCAUCUGACUUAAUGGAGCUUAUGUGAAUUGGAUAUACGUGAGUUGGUGUAGUCGGCUUAUUGUUCAACUCUUGCAGCCAUUCAACCUAUACACAGGCCAUAACAGACCUAAGGGACUCUCUAACCUUAUGGCAGCAAGUUUGCUUGAAGAAUUGGCCACUGGGGAUUUCUUUGUACAAGGAUGAGAUUAAUGGAGGUUAUAUGAAUGUAUAUGUAAGUUGGUAUAAAAAUUAGCCUUUUUAUUUUUCUGGUGCUUUGGGUAUGGUCUAAUUGGAUAACUGUCCUUUUGCUGUUGAAGGACCUGCUGGUUCCUCACUAGGGUACAAUGCGGCUGUGCUGUGGAAUUGGAUCCUCUGGAUCCUCUUAGAGUUGGCACAAUGGAAUUAGCCUUUGUUUCAAUAAAUAUGAUUGAAAUAGAGAAGCCAAUAAUCUGCUUUUUGUGGAAUCCCUGGUUAGAGUUGUGUUUUGAACCAAUAUGCCUUCUGCUGUCACCAAGUUUGUGGGUUUAUUUGACGAGAGAAAGUUUCUCUUGGACUUAGCCGACAGUGCCCAUAUUUUCCUAUUGAACUGGCUUCAGAGAUAUCCACCAAUCAAAACCCAAGAUUUCUUCAUGCCACCAUGUACCAUGGCUUGUGGAGCAGGGUUUGUCUAUGAUCAACACAAGGACAUACAAAUAUACUUAAUUAUCUCAAAGGUUUUAUGGUAGGCAAUCCAGAAGCCGAUUAUUAUGAUGAUUAUAAUAAUAGUGCGUUGCCAAGAUAUGCUUGGACCUGUUAUGUGAGACCAAACCAGCUCUACUUGAAAUCCACACAAGUGUAGUCUUCAAAGUCUCCAUACUAAUUUGCCUGACCUUGAUGAGUGCAACAAUUUCAUGAACAAAGUCUUUGAAGAAUAUACAGAGAGAGACAUCAUCAACGAUGUCUCUUGGAUCCAUGGUAACUAGAUGGCUGGUUUUAGCAUGUUCCUUGAGAAUUGUAGCAUUGAUCUUGCUGAACUUUGGACCUAUGCGUUGCUCUCCUUCUGGCUUUAGAACUUGACAUUAGCAACACCAGCCACCACCCUCAUAAGAACAUCAUCAAGAAAAUCACUAGCGCUACCAAUACCAGGAGGUGGAGCCCGACAGCUAGACACCUGAUUGGAUGGCUAAAAAUAGUCUGGAAAUCGUCAUCUUGUGUUUGAAAUCCCUUCCAAGGGUAUUUUGGCUUAUCAUUCUGGCUGAUGCUGAUAGUAUUGCAUCCCUAGAAUUACUAAAUAAGUCAUACCCUUUUGAGUCUUGAAGCAUAUAUAUCAUGUAAGGCUUAGCACAUCAGCACCCUGUCAAUUUUCAGAACAUUGAAAUUCAGAGUUCAAUUUCGGAUAAUCAAUAUGUGUGAUUUAA